AUGGAUCUGGAGACACGCAUCAAAGCGUAUCGCUUCGUCGCCUACUCGGCAGUCGCCUUCUCGGUCGUCGCCGUCAUUUCAGUGAGUUCCAUUCCAUUUUCUCGCUGCUCUUCAGCCAAUUUCUGACGUUCAGGUAUGCGUGACUCUUCCGAUGGUCUACAAUUACGUGCACCACGUCAAGAGGACCAUGCACAACGAGAUCACUUUCUGCAAGGUACUCCAUAUCCAUUUCCAUUUCAACCAAUCCGAAUUAUCUUGCAGGGAUCCGCCAAGGACAUCUGGAAUGAAGUUCACGCCCUCAAAUCUCUCCCGAACAGCAACAGAACCGCCCGUCAGGCCUACAACGAUGCAGCCGUUACCGGUGGAUCUGCUCAGUCUGGUUCUUGCGAAUCUUGCUGUCUCCCAGGACCUCCAGGACCAGCGGGAACUCCAGGAAAGCCAGGAAGACCCGGAAAGCCGGGCGCUCCAGGACUCCCAGGUAAUCCGGGCCGUCCGCCACAACAGCCAUGCGAGCCGAUCACUCCUCCACCAUGCAAGCCAUGCCCACAAGGACCGCCCGGCCCACCAGGACCACCAGGACCACCGGGAGAUGCCGGAGAGCCAGGAUCACCAGGACUUCCAGGACAGGAUGCUGCUCCAGGAGAGCCAGGUCCAAAGGGACCACCAGGACCACCGGGAGCCCCGGGAGCUCCGGGAACACCGGGAGAGCCGGGAGUGCCUGCUCAAAGCGAACCCCUCAUUCCGGGAGAACCAGGACCACCAGGAGAGUCGGGACCUCAGGGACCACCAGGACCACCAGGACAGCCAGGAGCCGACGGAUCACCAGGACAGCCAGGACCAAAGGGACCGAACGGACCAGACGGACAACCGGGAGCCGAUGGAAAUCCAGGGGCUCCAGGCCCAGCCGGCCCACCAGGAUCCCCAGGAGAGAGAGGAAUCUGUCCGAAGUACUGCGCUAUCGACGGAGGAGUCUUCUUCGAGGACGGAACUCGCCGCUGA